GCCGCUGUGCAAGCCCCGCGGCAUCUGCUCGCGCGCCUACUUCCUGGUGCUCAUGGUGUUCGUGCACCUGUACCUGGGCAACGUGCUGGCGCUGCUGCUGUUCGUGCACUACAGCAACGGCGACGACAGCCCCGAGCCCGGCGCGCCGCCGGCCCCCGCCCUGGGCCCCCUCGCCCGGCUGGAAGGCAUCAAGGUGGGGUAUGAGCGCAAGGUCCAGCUGGUCACCGGCAAGGACCACGUCAUUCGCACCCUCAGCCUCAAGCCGCUGCUCUUUGAAAUCCCCGGCUUCCUGAGCGAUGAGGAGUGUCGACUCAUCAUCCAGCUGGCACAGAUGAAGGGGUUACAGCGCAGCCAGAUCCUGCCCACCGAGGAGUACGAAGAAGCCAUGAGCACUGUGCAGGUCAGCCAGCUGGACCUCUUCCAGCUGUUGGACCAGAACCACGAUGGUCUUCUGCAACUCCGCGAGGUCCUGGCCCAGACUCGCCUGGGAAGCGGACGGUGGAUGACUCCGGAGAACAUUCAGGAGAUGUACUCUGCGAUCAAGGCAGACCCCAAUGGUGACGGAGUGCUGAGUCUGCAGGAGUUCUCCAGCAUGGACCUUCGCGACUUCCAUACGUACAUGAGGAGCCACAAGGCGGAGUCCAGCGAGCUGGUGCGGAACAGCCACCACACGUGGCUCUACCAGGGGGAGGGCGCCCACCAUGUCAUGCGUGCCAUCCGCCAGAGGGUGCUGCGCCUCACCCGCCUGUCCCCUGAGAUCGUGGAGUUCAGCGAGCCGCUGCAGGUGGUGCGAUACGGGGAGGGAGGCCACUACCAUGCCCAUGUGGACAGCGGGCCCGUGUACCCGGAGACCAUCUGCUCCCACACCAAGCUGGUAGCCAACGAGUCUGUACCCUUCGAGACCUCCUGUCGCUACAUGACAGUGCUGUUUUACUUGAACAAUGUCACCGGUGGGGGCGAGACUGUCUUCCCUGUAGCAGAUAACAGAACCUACGAUGAGAUGAGUCUGAUCCAGGAUGACGUUGACCUCCGCGACACACGGAGGCACUGUGACAAAGGGAACCUACUUGUUAAGCCUCGGCAGGGCACAGCCGUCUUCUGGUACAACUACUUGCCUGACGGGCAAGGCUGGGUGGGUGACGUGGAUGAUUACUCGUUGCACGGGGGGUGCCUGGUCACACGUGGCACCAAGUGGAUUGCCAACAACUGGAUCAACGUGGACCCCAGCCGGGCACGACAAGCCCUGUUCCAGCAGGAGAUGGCACGCCUGUCCCGCGAAGGCGGCGCUGACUCACAGCCCGAAUGGGCCCUGGACCGAGCCUACCGCAAUGCACGCGUGGAGCUCUGAAGGGAGGGUCAGCUGCAGCCCACAGCUGGGCUGCCCACCCCCCAGACCCGGGGCCCGGUUGUCCCCUUGUCCAGCUCCGAAGUUCUGGCCGAUGUCUUGCCCCACGCCUGCCUCCAGCCGCGAUUUCGACACAGCUCCUGUGUUCAUGUUAUUUAUUACGUACGGACCCCAUGCUGCUUGGUCCAAUAAACCCAUGUGGCUUCCA